CUUAUAAUAUUAUGUUCUAACAUAUUGUAUCAUUAGCUGCGAUUAUAAUUUUGUUUUAAAAAGCGUAGCUCAUAGUUGUAACUUUUUUAAUAUUAUAAUUUGGAAGUGCUACGACUAACGCUUAGCAGUUGUCUGCGCAUAUCUGUUUUCCAAGUACUGUUGGAAAAUGCCCGAAUUUUUCAGGAUUUCGUCGAUCUAACGUGCGUAGGAUUAGGGACGCGUCGUCGUUGACCAAGUCCUUGGGCACGUCGUCGUCACAACCGGCCAAACCAAAUCCGACCGUCCCAUGGACGAUGAGCGAGAGCACUAGCUCAUGGCCUUCCACUACCCCUACAGUGUACUCGACCACGCAGACUCCCUCGUUCGCGUCUUCAGAAACCCCAAAAAAUACCUCGCCUUCGUUGCCAGAAAUGACUAAACCAUCGACGACCACGACAACCCGUCAACAAACUUUAAGGUCCUCAACAGAACCUUCUUCGACGGCUACCACGAGCACUCCUACCCAGUCAUCGAGUCAAACCAUCGACUACUCAACAAGUCCAUCAUCUCGUGCUACCACUAUAAGUACUUCGAUCUCUGGACCGACGACCGUCGUAGAAAAUACUAGCCAGCAGGUGCUCAAAGCUCAAAGCACGUCGCCUUCUUCUCCGUCGCCUGCGUCUUCUACGCAACAAAGCCGUUCUGAUUAUUCUACAGGUAACGAGUUCGGACGUUCUCCGUCUAGCUCUCGGUUCAGUCAACCAACAACCGAUUACAACUUAUCCAGAAGUACUCCCCAAGGACAAAUCAAUGGAUUUAACAACUUCUCCAACGGUUACACUCAGUCAAGUGGCAUCCCUAUUGACUAUCAACGAUCGGGUUCACGCCAGAUGUCUGGCUUCAACAAUUCCACUCCCAGCGGCCAAAUGCAACCGGCCAUUCACCCGAACGGUGUCCCUCAGACAAUGGACUACUCAAAUCGCCCUUCGUCCACGGACUUUCAGCAACGCCAAAGUACUAACCCUGGAGGUUACCAAUCGUCCGGUCAAUAUCCCCUGCAACAGAACACUGGAUUCCGUUCGGAUCCCUCGCACAACUACCAGCCAUCCACACAGUCUCGACCCACGUAUCAGCAAAUUGGUCCCGACUACUCUGGUCAGUCUCCACCACACUAUUACGACCAACAGUAUCACCAUCAACCACCGUAUCACGGGCGAGCCGGUAACUCUCCAGACUACUAUUCCGGAGGAGGAUCUCAGCACCCACAAACGUAUACCAAUUCAAACAAUCAUAAUUAUCAAACGAGAUAUCAGACUCCAGCUGACGAUCGUUACCACCCUUACGGGACUAACAGUUAUCAACAUAGCAGUUACAUGCCGGAUGGACAGACCAUAGGCCGCAGGACGGACACGCAUGGUAACCCACCUCCACCACCAGCGGUUUAUCAAGGACAGCAACCCGUCGAUCCCAGAACCACUUAUAACAUCCAGGGAGGAGGGGGAUAUUCGCCUUUUGGCUAUGUUACCCCUCAGAUGGGCCAGAGAUACCACAACCAGAGCGCAUCUACCAACAAUUAUUAUCAGAGAGAUAAUUGGAAUGGUGGAGGUCAAACGUUCGUCGGCGAUCCAAUGAACGUCAACGGUUAUCACAAGGCCGCCACGACCACAUUAGGAGAAAAGAAGACGCCCAUAGCUUUGCCACCCAUUCAGUUGCCGUCGCAGACGUUUGCUAUCAGAAUGCCCCAGGCCUCGUCCAGGGUGGGAAAUGCAGGAGUUUUCCAACCUAAACGUCACCGCGAAGAACGAGAUUACCAGUGUCUGGGUCAGUGGGAAGAAAAUGGCCUGACCUACACGUACGCCCGCCGCAAGGACGCCAAUACUUACGAAUGUUUUGUCGGUUCUAUUGUGACCGAAGGCGAAUUGCUGUUGACGGAAGCCGGACGACACUGUACCCGCAACGUGGAUCCGUACAAAACUGGGAUGAAACUAAUCAAAAAAGGAGUUUGCGACACAGCCAAAAAAACCGGAAGUGGUUCAACUAGUUUCGUGCCGGUGGCUUCCACUCAAGGAUCUUUAUUUCCCGUCCAAUCGUCAACGCCACGCAGUAGUUAUACGGCCAUCCCAAAACGUUUGCCCUCGUCCACCAUGAAACCCUGGAAACCCAUCACCGCUCAGGGAAUGCCGCCUUUGAAGAACCGUAACACAUCGCCACCCAACGGCACCUCGACGAUUACUUUGAACUUAAUGAUGGCCAUCAUAGCAGUAUUAGUGACUUACACUCUAAAUCAAUGAUGUGACCAUCGAGUGUCUAUUUCUCAUUACUGUAGUGAACGUUUGGCUUACACGUACUUUACCAAUUUUUUUUUAUCUGUUUUAAAUAAUUUUACAUGAUAUAUAUUUUAUAGUAUAUACUUUAUUGUUUAUGUAUGUUUUUUUUUUUUGUAAAUAACAUCAAUAUUAUUAUUAUUUUUACUCUUUGCGUUUAUGGAAAAAGUGAGAGGGGUUGAAAGAGAAAUAGACGCGUGAGAGCUAGGAGCUCUUAAUAGUACCCAAUUGAGUUAACUGUGGAAAAAACAAUUUCAACAAGCGACUUAAUAUUAUUAUGAUCAAUAAUAAUGCAUAGACACUGUAAUAUUGUAACAAUUAACUACUUACUUAUACAUCAAUCGUUUGCUAAUAAAGAUAAUAAUAUUAUAUUAAAUAACAACUAUGAUACCUACGUUAAUGUGUAAUACUGCAGUCAUACGCGAUUACCAAAUUUGUAUUUUUGUUUUGUGCGCGUUAAUGUUCCUUUUUUGAUUAAAUUAAUCAAUUGUGCUGAAAGGCCUAUUGUAAAAUAUAAUUAUCAUAUUAUUUAUUUAAUGAAUAAACUGCACAAACGGUUUAAUAACAAUAUUAUUUUUGUAGAUUUUAAUAGACAAAAUAAAAUUAUAGUCAUAAGAUGUUAUGAACAAAUGGAAAUAACUCUGCAAAAUAAUAGUAGUUUUUUAAUAGGUAUCUAAUAUUAUUAUUGUUUUAAAUAUAGGCUCAAUAUUUGUAAUACAUUUUAUCUACCUAUACAUAACUAUUACUUAUCUACUUGUAUGAGAACACAUUUUACACCGUACACUGUAUGCCGUAUUAUUAUUAUAUAUUAUACUGCCUAAUGAAGGAAUAUGUAUGUCUAGUAUUGUGUCUACAUUAAAAUAACUUCGAAUUUUACACGGAUUUACGUUAUUAUUAAAUAUUAUGAAACAAAAUUAUUAAUUAUUAUUGUC